AUGCCAUGGACACGGCCCGUCGGAGAGCAGUGGGCAGCAGAACUCGUGAAGACCGGCUGCGAGCACCCCGAGUGGCAGAACAGCAUUGAGCUUGGGCUUCUGUGGCUGAUUGCCUUACUGGUAGCAUUAAAGCUUAUAGCUUAUAUUGCGAAGAACGAAUAUAAGCGAACCCUGGCGAGUGAGGAAGGCGGUCCCGCGCCAGCUCCGCCAACUCCCCCGCCGGAUCCGCUAGGUCCUGCGCCAGCUCCCAAGACGCCGGCGGAAGCGGUGGCACUGGCGGAAGCGAUGUAUACUCCGUAUGGAGAGAAGAUCGGUCAACAGGCUCUUAGGGGCUAUGUAGCGGCAGUAGGGCUCCGCGUGAACUCCCCACCAUGGAUGGAGUCGAAGGUAGAGCUUGAAAACAUCUUGACCAUGCAGGGAGUCGGGGGGGGCGUUAAAGAUGUGGCCGCGGACGAUGAAGGGGUUGCUACAGCUGGAGAUGAAGCGCCGGCCGGCCCAGCCCAGCCGAUGGUUAUGCCCGAAGCGUCCACUGCGGGUGCGCCUACCUAUAAGGUGUUGGGUCUCUACUCUCUCCGGGAAUCACGUCAACAACUCGGUGAAUUCGGCACAUCGCGUCGUCGAUGCCCGGACGUCAACACCACGGCUGGGCACAUUGCGUCGUCGACUUCAGACGGUGAGUCUCAUACUCCACCUGUACAUAUUCAAAGCUUACGUUCUUCUCGUGUCACCACCUCGGCAGGUCAGGCACAUCGCGUCGCCGGGUCCAGAAGGGCACAUCGCGUCGUCAACGCCCAAAUGCUUGAUCAGGCACAUCGCGUCGUCAACGUCCAGACGCUUGAUCAGGCAGAUCGCGUCGUCGACGUCCAGACGGUCAGGCACAUCUCGUCGUCGACGUCCAGAGGGUGA